AGUUUCUUUCAACAGUUUAACAACAACUUGGUGUGUGUUCACACACCAAAAGGUAUAGGAAAUGUAUAGAUUGUACUUCUGUUGCUGAUUCAGGCUGGUUUUCAGCAUAUAGGUUUAUAAAAUAGAUUUCUGUAUUCAUGUAUAGACUUGCACAAUAGGUUUGCGGAACUCUCAAGUAGAUGCUAUGCUUUUAUUUAUUCUUACAUUUCUUACACAGUCAAGACCUUUCUUGUUCAACAGCUUUGCGAACUACAUUUAGACGUAUGGUUGUUUAAUGGCAUUGGUUGACGGACUGAGUAGUAUUCCUUAAUGCAUUGUUUAUACCUUUGCUGUUACUUGUUAAUGAUAGUCUUAGUAUAUUUCUAACUGAGAUGGAGACAGAUACAAGUAUUGCACCAUAUUAUCCAUAAACUCUAAUGUUUAUGAUAGGCCACCAUUCAUCUUUUUAUUAAUCUCGCUCACAUACCACCCUGCCUAUCUAGUACGACCUAAAGCACACACACACAAAAACACACACACACACAAAGAUAAACAGGUGAGCUCCCUGGAGACUCAUUCAGCUCACUGCUUACUUGUGUUCUCCUCCUUUGGCACAAUCCAAAGACUUCCUGGAUGAAAGCACAUUUGGUUGGCCGUGAUGAUUAUCUAUGUGGGAUCUUCACCAUGUUUACCUUCCCUUCUUCAUCCCUGCCUGUCUGCACACAACAGAAUGGAUCUGCUGCCUGACUUGUGGAGGGAGGACUACUGGCUUCCUCAAGGUGUGACCUGGAGAGACAUGGAACAGUUAGCAGACUCUGAGCGACCUCUACCCUGGGAUCUUCUCAUAGCGCUGCCCCUCGCGCUGGGCUUCAUCGCCCUGCGUUAUGUGUUUGAGAGGUAUUUUGCCCCACCCAUAGGCAGAUGUUUGGGGGUGAAGAAUAAAUUACAAGUGCGCGCUGAUCCCUCCCCUACACUGGAGUUGUUUUACACUCAGAGGAGCAGACAUCCAACACAGAGUGAAAUAGUUAGUCUGAUGUCACUGUGUGGCAAAACCCAGAGGCAGAUUGAGACCUGGUUCAGGCUGCGCAGGAACCAAGACAGGCCCUGUCAAACCAAGAAGUUUGGUGAGGCUGUUUGGAGGUUCUUCUUCUACCUCACAGCCUUCAUGUCCGGACUGGCCUGUUUGAUUGACAGGCCUUGGCUCUGGGAACGCAGCGAGUGUUGGAGACAAUAUCCAGUUCAGUCCAUGGAGAGAGCUCAUUAUUGGUACUACAUGCUAGAGUUGGGUUUUUACGUCUCUUUGCUCCUCCGGAUCUCUGUGGACAUCAAGAGAAAGGAUUUUAAAGAGCAGGUGAUCCACCAUUUCGCCACCAUCUUUCUGCUCAGUUUCUCCUACUGUGCCAAUUACAUUCGCAUCGGCACCUUGGUCAUGCUGCUUCACGACUCCUCUGACAUCCUGCUCGAGUCGGCAAAGAUGUUCAACUACGGCACCGGCUGGACGAAAACACGUGACGCGCUGUUCAUUAUUUUUGCUGUGGUCUUCCUUGUGACUCGACUGGUGAUUUUCCCCAGCAAAAUCCUGCAUACCACCCUGGUGCUGUCCAUGGAGACGUUUGAACCUUUUGUCGGCUACUACUUUUUCAACAUCUUGCUCAUGGUGCUGCAGGCUCUUCACAUCUUCUGGGCAGGCUUAAUCUUACGCAUGGUCUAUAAGUUCCUGAAAGGCAAGCUGGAAAAAGAUGAACGCAGUGAUGAUGAGAGUGAGGCUGAAGAGGAAGAGGACGAUAAAGGAGGAGAGGAAAAUGUGGAUCGAGGAGGAGAUUAUUGUUGGGAGAAAAGUAAAGACACCAUGAACUCCAAACUGUCUAUGCUGACCAAUAGCUGCGUCCUAAAUAACUUGACCAACCACAGAGCAUCUGUAGCGGACAGAAUGCGCAAAGCUCAGUGAGGUCUUGGCAAUUUUUUUAUUUUAUAAAAAACUGUUUUGCUAUCUCAAUAUUAAAGCAGCCAUAGCGUACACCCUGAGUGAUACUGGAUGGAUGUGAUCCAUUAACCUUUUUCCUGCUGCCGUGCUUCACUGUUAAUUGAGAGUGGAACUGAGAGUGGACCAGUAAGGCAGUAUGACUUGCAUCAUUAGUUUUUCUAAAAUGCUGACACAGCAGACCAUGGUUUUCAUUUACUGACUUCUGAGAUGUUGGCCCAGCAUGCUUCAAGUGUAUUUCUCAUCCCAGAAGGGACUUGAACCCACAGUCCCUGGCUGAGGAAGCCAGUGCUGCUGGGGCAGUGGCACCCCCUUCUCAGUCAUUGUGUGGAAUUCAUUGUCUAAUGGGGAUAGUGGUGGUGGAGACACUGAUCCUUCUUGGGUCAUUUUUCUGUGGAGAGGGAUGGUACUCUAUGUGUGUGAAGUACGCUCAAGGAAUCAAGAGAGUGUUCAGUGCCUGCCUAAUGUUUCUCUUCAUUGAAGCCUACACUGCAGAUGGUUACACUGUAAUUCAGGAAGUUUACAUAGCAUGUUUGAAAACAGGAAAGACAAACUGUAACAAAGAUAAGGCACAGCGGCAACGUAAAAGAUACAAACUAGGUUGAUUAUGUUUAUUAUGUGUUUUAUUAUUAUUAUUAUUGAAAAAUAAUUAAAUUGUUCCACAACAUGCAGUAGAUAUGUAAAUAUCAAAAAUAAAGUAAUCAGUUUGCCUUU